AUGUUCAGUCAGUGUUUGGUGCUGUCCCGAAACCGUUCGGGAGCUAUAAUCUCACACUCCCCAUUGCUUCUCAAUACUAGCUCCAGCACCCCUGCAUUAGAGGUUGUUUUAGUGUUGUGCUCGGCACUUAGAGCCACCUCUAGCGUAUCAACGUCUACCCACAUAUACCAGACUUCCCAUUAUUGA